GUAUUGUAUCAGGAAACCCAAUUAUUUUGCCAGCUUUCAAUGAUGUAUUGGUGAACAGCAGUUUGGAACUGGCGUGUUAUACAAACAAAAAUGUAACUGUUACACAAUGGGUAAGUUUAAAUCACAUGGGCUCAUUUUCACACCUGUAUCUUUCGGACAAUGGAAGCUGUAAACCAGAUGGGUUCCUAGCUGAAAAUCGAUAUUUUGAAACGAGUUGCUAUAGUAACGGUACCUUCAAAAUAAACAUAAAACGUGUAAAUUUAAGUAACCAUGGUCAAGAAUGGUAUUGUUAUGACGAGAAUAGAAAAAGUAAUAUUGCUAAAAUAACUGUUCGAGUUCAACCGCGUAAGGUUCGCUUCAACUAUGGAAUAGUGGCAGAAGAGAGGUUAAUUGUAAACCAAAAUGAACAGGUGACUUUCCAAUGCUUCGCGGAGUCUUAUCCUCUUCCAGACAUUGUUAUAAAAAAUCAAAGAGAUGAAGAAAUCAUAAUGAUGAAAAAUACAAGUUCUGUUCAACACAUUAUUCAUAGGGUAUCUUGUGCUGAUGCAGGGGAGUAUGUAUGCUCUGCUAGAAAUAUGUUAACAAAUGGACAAGGAGCACUAUCAAAACUCGUCCUUAUCGUGAGAUGUCCUCCACGUCCGUCAGCUGAUACUUUAAGAGAGACAAAGAUGCAUUUUGACGUUACGUUGCAAUAUUUAGCUAAAGAGUUUCUUGACGUGCAAAACAAAACAGUAUUUGCAUGGUAUAAACAGAACGUGCCAUUACAAAAUGACGGCAAUAAGUAUAUUAUAUCAUCUCAUGGGUUACAGGCUAAUUUGAUCAUCAGAAACAUUACUCAGUCAGAUUAUGGACAGUACCGAGUUAUUGUCAGAAAUUCAUUUGGACAUUAUACCCACUAUUAUGAAGUGCGGGAAAAGGCUCAACAGUCCUCAACGGAGCAUAUUACAGCCUCGGCACUAUUAAAGAUCGCCAUUAGUAUAUCUAUUUUCACAUUUAUAGUGGUUGUAUUGGAAUUCUCCUAUUGGAGGUGUAUCAGACUUAAACAAAUUCUGAAGAUAAAAGACAGAAAGACAGCUGAUAUUAUAACUGAAUAUCAGACCACUACUGGAGAUAAUGACAAUGCUGCUGAUAAUGGGUAUGAAGAAAUUGAUGAGCAAUGUAAGGCUAGAGAGGCAUACAUGGACAUGCAAGGAAUCAAAACGGAUAAUGAUUCCAACUGUGAAUAUAUAGAUAUGAAAAUACAGACAUUAUCAAUCGAAAACAAUUAUGGAUAGUAAUCGAAGUCGUUUUGUACAAAAUUUAUUUGUUUCUCGUUGAAUCCAUAUAUAAACGUUUUCACAUAUUUUUGCUACUGUAAAUUUAUCCAGACAUACAUGUAUUAUACCUGUUUUGCAUUAUAUAUUGAGAGAAUUCCCACCUAUGCUCUGUGAUGAUUAUACAGUUGACUAAAACUCACCUGUUCCUUUUAAACUUUUAAAUCCAUAUUUGUGAAUCACAUGGUAACCUUGAUGAUCUGAUAAAGAAAUACAAAUUAAACACUGUCAUAGC